AAAGAAAAAAUAACAAGAGAAAAAAAUAUUUCUCAAUUUACUCGCAUUUCCGUCCUUUCUUUUUCUCUUCUUAUCACAAAGGACAAACGAUUGUGCUAACAAUAAUUAACUUUUCGUUUGAAUAAUUUAGCGAAUUAGAAUAAUUACAGUCGCGAUUAGAAUUUGUCUCACGCGAGAUCUAUCAAUCGAUCUUUUCGGGAGUGAAAAGUGUAACAAUAGACAUCUUCAAGUAGAGGAAAACGAUCGGAAGUAGAGAAAGGGAGCGAAUAGUAAACGGGCGAGUGCAGUGACUGACUUACAUCGGGAACGCCAACCUGCAAUCAAGGUUCAUGGUUUUCAUGGAGGAGAGCGAGCUCUCGAGCAAGCGGUGGGCCAGCGCGCCCCGCCGCCCGGACAGCCCCUGCGUCCUGGGGGCACCGACGUCUAGGGAGGCGGCGGGACCCCCGGUGCAGCUGGAACCAGUGGACCUGUCCGUGAAAACUCCCGUGGUGUUGCAGGUGCCUCGGUAUAAUCCAGCAGUAAUAAUUAGUGCCGCUGCAAGAAGAGUACCUUCACCUUCGACAACGCCUACACCACCACCAGCAUCUCUCUACGUCUCUUCAACCGUGUCGCCCACCUUGCCAUCUUUGGGAGAAGUAGCAUGGGAAAGAGAACAGGAACGAGAUAGGGAGAGGGAGAGAACUCGAGAGAGGGAACGCGAAAGAGGAGGACGAGAAAGAACUGGAGAGAACGAAAGGGAACGACAACAAGAACGAGAGAGUGCUAUCAGGGAGAGAGAAACGCGAGAUCGAGAAAGAGAACGAGAUCGCGAUCGAGAGAGACAACGUGAGAGGGAAAGAGAGAGGGACGUUUCCGUUUGCGUUAUGGAACCACCCGACCCAGUUUUCGUAUCCUCCCCUGCAGCCCUUCUCGCUUUGCAAAGGAUAAAGGAAGCAUCUCUUGUCUUUCACAAACGACCAACGCUGGCGAGUGGGAUUGGAUUAAGUGGUAGAGCUAAUGCUGGCGUAGGUGGAAACGGAGCUAGUUUAGGGGUCGAGAGUGAAUGCGGCGACGCGUUGAAGAGGCGCAAGGUUCACAGAUGUGACGUCGCGGGCUGUGACAAGGUCUACACGAAAAGUUCCCACCUGAAGGCACACAAGAGGACUCACACUGGAGAGAAACCGUAUCAAUGCACGUGGGAAGGAUGUACGUGGAAAUUUGCACGUUCGGAUGAGCUUACGAGACACUAUCGCAAGCACACUGGCCAAAAACCGUUCAAGUGCCAUCUCUGUCAGCGAUCGUUUUCUCGGAGCGAUCAUCUCUCUCUGCAUAUGAAGAGGCACUGAUUAGCUAACGUCCGAACGACGAUGAUUAUUAGAUACUACAGAGGAAGAACAGAGAAAGAAAGAGAACAAGAGAGAAAAGGAAAUAGAGAGAGAGAGAGAGAGAGAUAGAGAAAGAGAGAAACGGUGGAUAGAGAAAAAUGAAGAUUCUUUCAAGCUCGAAACUCAUCGAUGCAACCACCGAAAAAUCAAUAUUUAAAGACUACGACGACGGAAACGACGAUUUUACAUCGGGACCUGAAGAGCUUAGGCACUAAAUAUAAUAAUAUCGUUCGAUUAUGAACGACAAUGCCUGGCUGAUUGAAAUUAGAGAUGAAAGUUGAAGAAUUUUUAGAUUGUUCGUUAGAUUUAGAGCUUUUUCCUUCUUUGUUUCUUUUUUCUUAACUUUUCUUUUCUUUUUAACAUUACGAUUAUCACGAAAUGAUCAUAUAUAUUUGUUCGUAUCACGCCUUUCCACUUUUUCCUUAAAACUCACGACAGAUAUAUAAUUUUGCUAUUUUAUUUUGAUUCUUCUCGCCAAUCGAAUUUUUAUGUAGUUUCGCAUUCACUGCUUUUCAUUUUUCUCGGU